UUGCGGGCACAGGGAUUCCUAAUCUUUGGCAAUGAGUCCCAUUCUAAACGUAAACACGUGGAGAAAGUGCCAGCCUGGCCCAGCAGAACGCAUCCCAAGGCAGGAACAUGCUGACACGGGUUGGGCAAAGGCAGCUGCUUUAAACAACACUGUUUGCUCAGCCCGUUCCCGGAGGACCCAGAGGUUUCACAUCGGGGAGACACACAGCCAAUGCCUCUCUUGGGGGCGGCCCGGGAAGGGUGGGCGGCUCCAUUGCCGUUGGGAAGAAAUCUGCACAGCAAACGAGAGCUUUGCCCUGUCUUCCACCCCAAGGACAGCGAGUGAGUUUGGAGGAAUCACCGAUGUCAGCAGGCGUGUGCAGGGGCCAGCAGAUGUCACUUGCAAGAGGCAAGAGGAAAAGCUCUCAUCAGCCUCAAGGACAGCGACACGGGUGCCUUCUCCUCUAGAAGACCUACGCUCCCCUGGGUCCCCCCAGCUGCUUAGACCUCGGGGCUCCACAGUGGAUCUCCCAGAACAGCCACACCCCAGCGGGCCUGGUUCGGCCCUGAAGGCGCAGGAGAUGCCUGUAAUGUUUGUGUGUGGCAGGUGGAAGAAACAAGAAGGAAAAGCAGGGCCCCAGAGCCCCGGGGGCGGGGGUGGGGGCAGCGAUCUCCCACAGGGUGGCCUGGAGCCCAGGAGAGGCCCUGAUGGGAGGGGCAAAAGCUUGGCUGGGACCCAGUGGACGUGGAGCAGCUGGGUCCCUGAACGCUGUCACCCGGGACUUGUCCCUGAUGGACGGGAAGCACUUCCUCAAGCGAGCGCUAAGUGCUGACCCAGAGAAUCGAUGGGC